AUUGCUCGUACACAGCAGAACUGUUUCUAUUACAAACCAACUUUAUCUUCGGAAUUAUGUCGGAAAUAAAUUUGCUUUUGUCUUUUGGAAUGACGACCAACAAUUUAGUGUAGUGAAAGAGGAGGAUAUAACAGGAGAGGCGAAAUUGGGUGAGAUUCGACCAGUGGCUUGGAGGGUGAAGAAGAAGAAGG